CUAUGAUGUAGAAGCUGGAGCCUGUAUCCGUAUCAGGGCUUUGAUGGCAUCCAGAAAUUGUCACCUCUCACGUAACCAGGGUAUAUCGAUCUAGGUAGAAGGCGGCGGCACGCUUAGACCAAUUCACGUCUCUGCCUACGUGCUCGGCUUCAUGCAAAGAAGCCUGGAUUCUCAUGCUGUUGGUUCACCCCUGGUUCUUUGCGACAAAGAUCCAGCCCCUUGGCACAGCGUUGGCAUUCGUGUGUCGUAGUCCAGUCGUACUGGGAGUAUUGCCGCCGUCUCUGGACAUGUGCACUUCGUUUUUGUAUGACCCCUUUGAUCUGUGCUGAGUUCGCGAUACCUGGAACCCGCAAGUAACACUCCUCAAGAGACUGCCAUUUUCUCAGUACGACUCGACCGAUGUAUUACAGAGACUGAAUUUCUUGACACUUCCAGACACCAAUAUGGGAACAUUCACGGGUCUUCAAGGCACAGUCCUCGGCCCUCUCACGACGUCGUGGGUGGCCCCAUCGUUCUGCACUGCUCACGUGCUGCCUUGUUCAACAUGCUCGGAAGGCUUUCGUGGGCAAUCCUGCGUGGUUGGCACGGAUGGAAAGGCAAGCGAGCAGGAUAACUCGGGCACGCCGGUACAUCCCUUUGUUGGCUGGGGCUUCUACUCUCCGGGGACCGGAUGCCCUACAGGAUAUUCAGCAGCUUGCACCGCUCGCUACGGCAAAGGUCCCGAGUGGAAGAUUCAGUUUGAUCUACAAGAAGGCGAGACUGCCGUCGGCUGUUGUCCAACGGGUUUCGAUUGUACCAACCGAAAUGGUAAUACAUGCAUUCAGAUUGCCGGAACACAAACGGGCGAAAGUGUGGUGGUACAGACAGGGACCUGCUCCGGCACCGAACUUGCCAAUAUCCGAGCGGCGACAUUUCCCGACAAGAUUACUAUCACAACCACCCGGACAGACGACGGAGAAAAGUCUACCGAGAAAGAGAUAGUCAGACGCGACGUAACUCUGCUGGCGCCCAUGAUUCAGAUCAACUACCAGUCCUCUGACCUGUUACCGACCGAAACGGACCGGACCUCCACAAUCAGGAGCACCACGGGGAGUAGUCCAGGGGGCACCGAGACUGGGCAAGAACGACCUCAAGACCUGGGAGACGAUACCACACCCGGCAUUUCCGGCGAAAAGAUCGGAAUAAUAGUUGGCGUGACAGUCGGUGGGCUUUUGGCAGUUGCCGGUGCUGCUUGGUUCAUCUGGCAUUUUUCCUACAAGCGCUGA